UCAAUGUCACACUUGCAGCAACUGUCUGAUGAUGAUGGCGAUGCUGGGAGUUUUCAUCUCUGUUGCCCUCAUCCUGGGCACAGCAAAUGCAGCUUCUUUGGGAUCUGUGUACACCGAGGGAGGGAUGGUACAGGGAAAGAGUCACAGUGUUGGACUCUUCCGCUAUAUGGACGUGUUCAAGGGAAUCCCCUUCGCCGCUACACCUGGCAGAUUAGAGAAGCCCGUUCCUCACCCAGGCUGGGACGGUGUUCUGAAAGCCACUGACUACAGUAAGAGAUGCAUGCAGCUCAAUCUUCUCGCUACUGAUGUCGUGGGCAGUGAAGACUGUCUCUACCUGAACAUCUGGAUUCCUCAGGGCAACACUGUUAAAGUCAAUUGGUAUUUAAAUGAUAACCUGAGCAUGUCCUGCUCGAUAGGAAACUAUGGCCUGUGGGAUCAGCACACCGCUAUCGCUUGGGUACACAGAAACAUCAGGAAUUUUGGUGGCAAUCCAGACAACAUCACCAUCUUUGGAGAGUCAGCAGGGGGAGCCAGCGUCAACUUCCAGAUUCUUUCCCCUAAAAACAACGGCCUGAUCCGCAGAGCUAUCUCACAGAGUGGUGUUGCUCUCUGUCCCUGGGCUGUCAACAGAAAUCCACGACAGUAUGCUGAAGAGAUUGCAAGAAAGGUAGGAUGUCCUACUGAUAGCGGGAUGGUGGCUUGUCUGAGGAUGACAGAUCCAAAGGCUGUAACUCUUGCUGGGAAUGUGAAAUUCAGUACAUCUGCUUCCGAUCCAAUUGUACACAAUCUGGCUCUGUCCCCGGUAAUUGAUGGUGAUUUCCUCCCCGCCGAGCCUGAUACCCUUUUCGGGAAUGCUGCUGACAUUGAUUACAUCGCUGGAGUCAAUGACAUGGAUGGCCACAUCUUUGCUACCCUCGACAUCCCCUCUAUCAACAAUGCCCUGGUGUCCACCCCUGUGGAGGAGGUCAGGGCUCUCUCGGUUGCCCUGUCUGAAUCUAGAGGACUAGAUGCUGGUAUCGCAACUUAUGAGGAGUACACAGUCAACUGGGGUAGCAACCCUAGCGAUUCGGACAUUAAGAAAACUGUUGUGGACAUUGAGACGGACUACAUCUUCCUGGUGCCAACCCAAACGGCCCUAUACCUUCACUCUGACCAUGCCAAAUCUGGACGAACCUACUCCUACCUGUUCUCUGAGCCCUCUCGCAUACCAGUCUUCCCACUCUGGAUGGGUGCCGAUCACGCUGAUGACCUUCAGUAUGUGUUUGGGAAGCCUUUCACCACUCCUCUGGGCUACUUUCCUCGCCAUCGUGAUGUUGCCAAAUACAUGAUUUCCUACUGGACCAAUUUUGCUCAAACUGGUGACCCUAACAAUGGUGAGUCCAGUGUUCCUGUAACCUGGCCUGAGUUUGCCAGCAAUGGCCAUCAGUACCUGGAUAUCAACAACAACAUAAACAGGGACAGUGUGAAGCAGAUGUUGAGAACGCGUUUGGUUUACUACUGGACUACCGUCUUUGCCAGCUUCCCUGGUGUCCAGAAGAACUGAGCACUACCAACCUGACUAGAGAAUCAUGCAGACAUUUUAGCAGUGAACAUGAUGCUAAGAUUCAUGCAAUAAACAAAAUAUAUGA